UUGACUGUUAACUUGGACGUUCAAACACGUUGAGUAACGGUCAACGCGCCACGUCACUGCCAACUCAGAAGAUCUGAUAAAUAUUUAAUUUUUUCGUUUUUUAUUUUUGGUUUAACUAAGGUAUUAGAUGAUUUUUUUUAAUUUAUAAUAAUUUAAAAUUUGGGAAUGUGUGGAAAUUGUGAAUUAUUUUAAAUAUUUUAUGCUGAUUUGGCAGUGACAUGACGCGUUGACUAACGGUCAACGCGUUUGACCGUCCUAGUUAACGGUCAAACAUCGGGUUUGGCCAAAUUGUUUAUUUUGGUGUAUAGUUCAGGCCAGACAGAAUGUUUAUUUUGGUCAAAGUUCAGCCCAUACGAGCACCGAUUCAGUUCGGCCGCUCCCUGCAGCUAGGGUUCCCAACCUCUUAGAACCUUUUAGGGAUUCUGUGCUUUGGAGAAGCAAGUAAGAAUGGACGAAGGAGGAGACCCUCGAAACGCCAAUGGCGCAGCUGCAAAUCAUCUCAUGGUAUUGAAGGAAGGAAUAUAUUUGAUCCUCUCCCGAUGGGCAGUUCUUCUUUUCGCCGUCGAUAACGAGUCCGGCGGUCACGGCUCCCGCCAGUUAGCCGAUCAACUCGCUUCGGAUGUUUACUCCUGGUUCACCAAACAGCGCAAAGCCAAUGAGCCGCUUUAUAUCGAUGACCUGGAGAACAUUCUCGACGAAACCAUGUCUGAUCAUCUCAACAUCGACAUGAAUGAUGAUGGCGUUGAAAUUGAGAAGGUAGCAGAGAAAAUGAUGAUUAUGCACGAGGAAUGUAUGGAAGGUAACUAUAGCUCUGUUGAGAAGUUGAGAAGGGCUGCUGCUGAGCCUUGUAGAACAUCAUCUCGUCAAUACAUUAUCAGACAGGAUGACGACCAUGAUGAUGAUGAGGAUGAUGCUUCGUCGGGAAGUGGUGGAGAUGAUAAUAUGAUGAUGGUGGAUUCUGCAGUAGUUCCUCGGACAAUAGAUGAUGCUGAUGAUGAUGGGUGGACGGUGGUCUCUUCCAAUCGACGUAGUGGUAGAAGGAAUCGCUAAAUAGGAAUUCCAGAGUCGAUAAACUCAGAGGCAAGCAAGCAAGCUGUUCAGGCAGAGUAAGAUUGUGAAUCGUCCUCUCCGGUGAGACGAGAGGCAGGAGGAAACUUAGAUUGGACUUCAUUAGAGCUAUUAUGUUCUUCUUCCACGGCCCUGUUUUCGUGAUUCGGUUUAAUUAGUUCGAAUUGAGUAAGGGCGCAAACAACUGUAAAACUCUGUCUACCAAGUAGUCAAGCACAUAAUUUUUUGCAUGGCAAUUUCCAUUCCACCAAUUCAAUAUAUCCAGUUAAAUAUAAAACUAAUCUAAUC